GCAAGAUCCCUCCGAUUUCACAGCUCUUACACCAGGUCAUUUCCUCAGAGGAGCUCCUCUUCUCGCCAUACCUGAGACAGACGGAGACUCACUCACUUUAAUCAAUCGAUGGGAAAGAAUCAAGAUUCUCCAUCACGAAUUCAGCCACAGAUGGAAGGAAGACUAUCUCAAAGAUCUCCAUAAGAGAUAUCGCUGGAAAACGGCCCAGAAGGAAGCCAAGGAAGGAGAAUGCGUAAUCAUACAGGACGAAUGCCUUCCUCCAACAGAAUGGCGACUAGGCCGCAUUGAAAAGGUUCAUCGAGGAUCAGAUGGUCACAUAAGAGUAGUCGAUGUGCGAACACAAACCGGCAUAUUAACUCGACCAGUCACCAAACUGUGUUUUCUUCCAAACAGCGAAGAACACCUUCAAACUAAACCGCAAAAUAACUCGCAAAAUUAAUCGAAAAAUAAUAAAUCAAUUCCGCUAAUUCGAAAUUAACACGCGUUAUAAUCCGUACACAAACAAAAAAUAGAUUCAAACAAGCGCGUUGAAGACCAACUUAUUACACAUAUACAUAUGUAUAGAUAUGUAGCUACAACAACUACAUUCUAAUAUUAUAAACAAAAUCAAUUUAAUUACAAUUUUAUAUUCCCAUAGAAAUGGACGUAGAGGAGACCCAAACCGCCUCCAACACCGUAAGGUCCGAAAUCGCUAUACCCAAAGCGUCGGCUGCACCCGUUGCCGCUCCAAGGACCAGGGUUAUGCGACCACCGCCAUCCGCCGAAGCAGUCAGGGAGAUGAGAGAAGAGCAGCUAUUGGAGCCACAGGGGCAUCCAUGUUGCAGCCUGUGCCAUCGCCCACACGCCCUGAAACGAUGCUCCAUUUUUAAGAGCAUGAAGCCCGCUCAAAGAAAACAGGUUGCAAGAGCCCAUGGGCAUUGCAUGACCUGCCUGGCAGAUGACCACGCCACCAUAGAGUGCUGGGCCGACGGCGCCUGCCAAUAUUGCCAGAGGCCCCAUCACACUCUAUUCCAUCGUUUUCCGCGCCGAGCCAAUCCGUCGGAAAGUAGCACCAACACACGUACCAGACCACGCAGUGAUGCUAUCCGGCGUCGACGAAGCAGCCAAUCAGCCACAACACGUAGACGGCCAUCUCCGCCACGCCACACUCAUCGUCAGCAACAACAACGCUCAACAGGGUUGAGCGCUGUACUAAACACAUUGCAACAGCUGCAGAGGCUCCUAGCCGAUUAACUCGCCUAGGGGGGCCGGGAUGUUCACAUGAGUUAUGAACUGCAACAUCUCACAUCGCAUCACCACACAUCACAUCACAUCACGUCACGUCACACCACCUCAUCACACAACAGUUCAGCACACACCACUACACACACACGCAUCAAACACAGUACCUGACACCGCUCACUAUUACAACACAACAACCACACGAUCAUUAGCGAGACGACUCGGAUUAAUUUAAUAUUCACCACCCAAACCAUCAAAAGGGAUUGAUUCGACCGGCAUUAGUUUCUUACCGUUUUCAUCCGUGAAACAAGGCAGUCGUUCGCGAUAUUCUUUUUUUAAUUCGCACCGCAACAAACCGCAAUUUAAUUUUUCCUCCAACAAACCGCCAAGUGACGGGAGUGACGCACCCAACGAGUUCGCCUUUCGCCAACAGUGUGCAGCAGUGGGUUUCAUAUACAAAAGACUAAACAACUAAUAAAAAGUGUACCGAUCCAUAUAGGAUAAACUGAAUAAAUACAACGAUAAAUUUAACGAGUGUGAAAAUUAAAAAUCAGUGCAUUUUAUUUAUUAUCCAGCUCAUAAGUAUACUAAAUAUAUUUAUAUACCAAGUAAGUAUACUAGUAGUGGCAUACGUUACUAAUUUCAAAGAUCCAAUACAGAUGCAAACAAACAGCCAUCGAAAGCAGCUCGCUACGACAGAAAGGCGAAGAAAUAUUUGGAAAUUGAUUGUCCUCAAAUAAUCAAAGAGUACAAUAAUCACAUGGGCGGUGUUGACUUGUUGGACGCUCUAAUGGGCCGGUACCACAUACGAGCGAAGUCAAACGAUUGUUUUACCAUUUCAUUGACAUGGCGAUCACGAAUGCAUAUUUACUACAUAAACGGAUUUAUGCAGAAAAGGUAACUGACUCAAGUCAUGAAUCAGCCGAACAUGAACGGGUUUUGCAGUUACCGCGAUUUCGUGAAGCUGUAGCUACUUCACUGAUAACAUAUCAAGAAAGACGAGAUCUUGGUCGUCAAAAAACAGCAACGUCAACGGUAGGAAAUAUAGAGCUAAGCAAUUCGGGCGUUGGCCAAAAGUCAAAACAUCCUGUACAUGAAGUGCGCUACGAUGGUCAAGACCAUUUUUCAAUUUGGCUUGGCAAAGAAGGCGGAAAAAAAUGGUGUAAACUCUGUAAGAAGUCGCAAACACAGUCUGUUUGCUUCAAAUGCAAUCUUCAUUUGUGCUGCACCAACGCAAAAAACUGUUUUUAUUAUUAAAAAUUAAUUUUUUUGAUUAUAUUUCGUGUUUGCUUAUCUUUCAUCUUUGCUUUAUCUUUCUUUUCCAAUCUACUACUCGUGUAUACCACAUCAUAUAUUUGGCAUAAACUGUCAUGAGUGAACCUGUCAUUCAAAAAAACACGCAAAUCACUUGGGGAUGGUUUUUUUUUUUUUGAAUUACUUUACACUCUAAUUAUUCUAUAACAAAAUUCCCACUCGCCUUCUUCCACGCUGAGAGUUUUGAGUGAUAGAGGGUUAAGUUAUAGUAUAAUUUACAGCCUUAUUUAUUACGGAAUAUUUGCAUAUUGUAAUUUAAGCAUCUUUGUACAUGCAUACAUGAAUAUCAGAAUAUUCUAAAAUAUAUAUUAAAUACUAGCUGACCCGGCGAACUUCGCCCCGCCCAAUUUUUAUUUUUUUUUUGGAAGUCAUAGACUCGUAUAACUUUACCACAAAUAAUAUAAACCUCAACAACGCAAUUUCAUUUAAUGUUUUUAAUGUUUGUAGCGCCAUCUACUGUAACAUACCGCACUCAAUACCGCUGUUAGCGCCACCAACUGGUGGAUAGCUAUUUGCUAAUAAUAAACAAAUAAUUUGCAAUAAAUAAAUAAUGCGACUAUAAGGAGAUUUAUAAACUAUCCUAUCUUUCAAGUUGGACCAAACUGCACACAGUGUUAAAAAUUUCACUAAAAUCGGUUCAGUAGUUUAGGAGUCCAUCGCAAACAAACAACGUGACACGUGAUUUUUAUAUAUUAAGAUUAAUAAAUAUUUUGUAAAUAUAUAUCGUCGUUGUUUUAUAUC